CACAUAGAAAUAAAAGUACUUGAGGCACAUAUGCUUCGAUUGAGCUACAUAAAAGCUUAAAAUACACAUUACGUGGUUGACCCACAAGUAAACGCCAUGUCCUCUUCCAAUCAACUUAUCUUCUACUAUUUCUCAUAUAUCACACAAUCAGCCCAAAAACACCACAAAAAUUGGUUAAAUUGGGGCUGAGAACUGAUAAUUAUUCUUUCUUGAAUAUGGAUUCCAUACUUUCAGUAAUACUGCUAAUAUUAUUAGGCCUCCAAAUUGUGGAAGGAAGAUCUCCCUCACAAAUAGCCCUUCCUAAUUGCCCAGAAAAGUGCGGCAAUAUCACCAUCCCUUAUCCAUUUGGAAUUGGUGAUAAAUGCCAUUACAAAUCAGACUCAGACAAUGGUUUAUUAUACAAUCUCAGCUGUAACCUUACUACCACUCCUCCAAGUCUAACUUACGGGACGAGCAUAGAGGUAGUGAACAUCACUUUGGAAGGUGACUUUCGGAUACAUAGCCAUAUUUCUUAUGUUUGUUUUAACCGAUCUAGUAGCACUACACCUACAUAUAUACGUUAAUCUUCGGUGUAUAUGGAUAAAUUUACUCUCUCGACAACUCAAAAUUAUUUUGGUGCAAUUGGCUGUGACACCUACAUAUGGCUCUAUGGUGAGAUGAGUAUCGAGAGAAGAAAAGUCCGGUCAGGAUGUAUGACGGCAUGUGCUGCACCAGCAGAUAUUGGGGAUAGCAAUAUAUGCUCUGGGAUUGGCUGCUGUCUGGUCUCCAUUCCAAAUGGAGUAACAAAUCUAGAUUUAGAGGUUCAUAGUUUUCAUCAUCAAAACAUCACGGAUUUCAAUCCGUGCAAUGUCGCAUUCAUUGUGGCAAAGGAUUAUGGUGCUGUUGGUGCAUUACCCUUCUCUGUCAAGGAGAUGCUAACCAAAAAUGGUACUUUUUAUCAGCCAUUGCAAUAUCCUGUUGUGUAUGAUUGGUCAAUUGGAUACCAAAAUUGUAGAAAAGCGCAACUUUCUGGGGAGUACUUAUGCAAAGGAAACAGUACUUGCAUUGACUGGCCAUACAGAGAAGGGUACCGCUGCCAGUGCAAACCUGGAUUCCGGGGUAAUCCCUACCUUUAUGCUUGUCAAGAUAUUGACGAAUGCCUGGAAGAGAACUCGAGUCCGUGUCGGCAACCAGCAAUUUGUUUCAACACAAAAGGAAAUUAUACUUGCAAAUGCCCACAAGGCUACAGCCGUCGCAAUAGUGAAGACAUGAAUGAUCUUUGUAUCGCUGAAAACCCCAAGUUGUCGAUGCUAAUUAUCAAAAUUAUUGGAGGAUUUACCUUGGGAUUGAUAAUUUUGAUCCCUUUUGGAUGGUGGUCAUAUUCAGAGAACAAAAGACGACAAGAUAUCAAACGACGAGCAAAUAACUUUGAGAGAAAUGGUGGUAUCUUGCUCCAACAACAAAUGUCAUCUGAUGAAAGAGUUGUAGAUCGAAUAAAGAUCUUCACAAGCAAUGAACUGGAGAAAGCCACUGACAACUUUAAUGAAGAUAGAAUACUUGGACAAGGAGGCCAUGGUACUGUCUAUAAAGGAAUGUUGGGCGAAGGCAGAAUUGUUGCUGUGAAGAAGUCUAACAAAUUGGAGGAAAGUGAACGAGGAGAGUUCAUCAAUGAAGUGGUUAUCUUAUCUCAAAUUAAUCACAGGAACAUACUGAAGUUGUUGGGAUGUUGUUUGGAGACCGAAGUCCCAUUACUCGUUUACGAGUUUAUCCCUAAUGGGACGCUCUCCCAUCAUAUUCAUAAUCCUAGUGAAGAGUUUCCAAUCACUUGGAAAAUGCGGUUACAAAUUGCUUCUGAUAUAGCUGGAGCACUUGCUUAUUUGCAUUCUUCGUCUUCCACGCUUAUCUAUCACAGGGACAUCAAAUCUUCUAACAUACUUUUAGACGAUAAGUACAGGGCAAAAUUAUCAGAUUUUGGGACUUCGAGAGCUGUGGAUAUCGAUCAGACCCAUGUAGUUACUCGUGUUAUGGGGACGUUCGGUUAUAUGGAUCCAGAGUACUUCCAGUCCCACCAAUUUACCGAGAAAAGUGAUGUUUAUAGUUUCGGUGUGGUCCUUGUUGAGCUUUUAACAGGACAAAAGGCCGUCCGUGCUGCAUCAGAACAAGAUAGAAGUUUGACAGGGUGGUUUCUUUCUCAUAUGGAAAGCUCGUCUUUGUUUGAUAUUGUAGAUCAUCAAGUCUUCCAAGAGGGUUCAGAGGAGGAGUUUCUCACUAUUGCUAAUCUUGCAAGGCAAUGUCUUAACUUAGAUGGGAAGAGCAGACCCACCAUGAAACAAGUGCUAAUAGAAUUAGAAGUUGUCUUGUCACUUCAUGUACCGCAAGCAAAUGAUCCAAAGAAGCCAAAAUCUGAACUAGUGUUUGCUGGAACAACCAGUAAUUCACAGCACGCUAACACAUUUUAUUUGGAGAAUAGCGCUUCAAAUUCUGCUGAAGUGUCUCUACUAUUUAAUCCUAGAUAAUAGCUUAGAAUCCUCUUAGAUUUUUUUAGAAGUAAGUUAGUAUCUUUAAACAUUAGGUAAUAUGCCGUUACUACUUUUAUGACACUCUUAUGUCCAAUGUUUUGGUGGGUAUUUCUAGUUCUUAGAAGACUAAUAAAAUCUGUGACUGUUCAAAUGGUUGUUAACUUGUCACCAUGCUUUCUGUAAUUGUUUUUUAAAAUAUUAGAGUUUUGUUGAA